AUGCCAGUGGAUCAGAUGCUCCACCUCAAACUCGCCGAUUGUCCAGUGAAUAAUAUUAUGGUGAUCACUCCUCCAGACGAAGUCGACUUGAAGUUUGAGAAUCAAGGCUUAGAUGCGACCGCUUUAAGUCGUAUUUAUCGACUUACACCUAAACCUACGAUUGUGUUGGAUCGCUCAUUGCGAGUAGUCGAAGUAUCCAACAGUCAUGUGAACAUAUUUCAAUGGUCACGAGAUCAGCUCUUGACGUCCAACGUUUACGAUCUUUCGCCCUCCAUCCUUCCAGCCCCCGACAUCCCUACCUUAAGUGGUGCCAUUGGUGCUGCCAUAUCAACUCGCGAAGUGCAGGUCACCAAGUGUGUUCACGUGGCACGAUGUGAUGCCUUUUUUACCCUCGAAGUAACCCCGAUCUUUGAAAAUGACACCUUCGUCUACAUGCUUCUGGAAGCUCAGCGGACAUCCAAUCGAAAAUCGAAUCCCAUCAACGAACAGACAUAUCUGAACGAAGCCUACAAAAUUAUGGUUGAUACCGUGAGGGAUUAUGCCAUCUUUAUGCUGGAUACCCGGGGCCAUAUUGCGACUUGGAAUUCUGGUGCCGCUAUCCUCAAGGGCUACACCUCAUCUGACAUUGUUGGAAAGCACUUUUCGGUCUUUUACGGUCGCGAGGACCGUAAAGCCCAGAAGCCCGCCCGCGAGCUGGAGGUCUGUCUACAGGAGGGGAAAGUCGAGGACGAGGGUUGGCGUUACCGAAAAGAUGGUACUCGAUUCUGGGCCAAUGUUAUGAUCACUCCGAUCUAUCAGAAUGGCACCCAUGUGGGAUUCGCGAAGGUUACCCGUGAUUUGACUGAACGCCGGGCAGCGGAUGCGCGCUUGAUCGAUGCGUUUGAAGAAUCCGCCAAACUUAAGUCCGAGUUCUUAGCCAACAUGUCCCAUGAAUUGCGCACACCGAUGAAUGGGAUGUUCUUGGCUUUGACCAUGCUAUUGAAGACCGAGCUGAACCAGGAACAGCGGGAAUUUGCGUCCAUCCUAGAAGACUCAACUUCUAUCUUGCUGCAGGUCAUCAAUGAUGUGUUGGACUACUCCAAAUUAUCAUCGGGAACAUUUUCUUUGAAUACAGAAGUUCUCAACAUCCCCGAUGUGAUAGCUGCGGUGGUCCGCAAUUGCGAUGCGGCGGUGAAACCCGGCGUUAAACUCACGCCAACCGUGAGUAAAGGCUUCCCUCGAGCCAUCAAAGGCGACCCACUACGAUUUCGACAAGUUCUGCAAAAUUUAGUCAGCAACGCAGUUAAGUUCACCGAGAGUGGUCACGUUCGGAUUAAUGCAACCUACGCCGAAGAUGAAAAAGACCCUAAUGUAUAUCUGAUCUCCACACAGGUUGUGGACACGGGCAUCGGCGUACCCGAAGAUGCUGCGAGUACACUAUUUACCCCCUUCACGCGAUUUGCGGACACAGCAACUAAGCAGUAUCAGGGCACUGGCCUUGGUCUGUCGAUCUGCAAAAGCUUGGCCGAAUUGAUGAAUGGAGCCGUCGGAUUCCACGCAAAUCCAGACGGACCUGGUAGUGUGUUUUGGAUGACAGCUAAAAUGGCGCGUUUGGAUUCAUCAGUCUCCCCAACAAGACAGAGCCUGCCAUCGGUCACCUCCGCUUCAUCAGAUCCUUCUGAACAGCUUCGGAAGAUCGCCCCACUCAAGCAUAUUCUUCUUGUCGAAGAUAACAAGGUCAAUCAAACUAUUAUGAUGAAACUUCUUGGGAGCCUUGGUUUCCAACUGGUCGAUGCCGCUUGGGAUGGCGCAGAGGCAGUGCGAAUGGUCAAGCAGAAACCCCUCGCGUAUAGUCUGAUAUUGAUGGACAUCAACAUGCCGGUCAUGGACGGAUUGGUAGCGACGGAGCACAUUCGGCGAAUCAACCUCGACGUUCCCAUCCUCGCAUUGACAGGCAACGCUCUGAAGGGAGAUGCAGAGACAUAUCUGGCUAAGGGGAUGAAUGAUUAUAUCGCUAAGCCUUUGCAUCGACAGCAGUUGGUGGAUUUGUUGUGGAAAUGGUGCGGGUCCUGA